GAAAGAAUACUGCCAGGAUGCCCCGACCAGGGAGGAACACGUACAGCGACCAGAAACCUCCCUACUCCUACAUCUCCCUCACCGCCAUGGCCAUCCAGUCCUGCCCGGAGAAGAUGCUCCCUCUCAGCGAGAUCUACAAGUUCAUCAUGGACAGGUUCCCUUACUACAGAGAGAACACCCAGCGGUGGCAGAACUCCUUACGACACAACCUGUCCUUCAACGACUGUUUCAUCAAGAUCCCGCGGCGUCCGGACCAGCCCGGGAAGGGUAGCUUCUGGGCUCUGCACCCCAGCUGCGGGGACAUGUUCGAGAACGGGAGCUUCUUGCGGCGCCGUAAACGGUUCAAGGUGAUGAUGAUGAUGGCGCAGGAGCACCUGGCUCAGUCCAAGCAGUCUGACGCAGCCCAUUAUCUCAGGCUUAGCGCCCUGGCUGCCACCGGCACACACCUCCCUCAGAUGUCCAGCUAUAACUUGGGAGUGUCACAGCCAUCAACUUUUAAACACCCAUUUGCUAUAGAGAACAUCAUCGCCAGAGAGUACAAGGUUCCCGGGAGUCUGGCGUUCUCCACCAUGCAGUCGAUACCUGCAGGCUACCCGCUGCAAAACCAGUUGACUGCGGCCUGGCCUCACAUGUACAACACUAUGGUGGACCCUGUUUCUCCUAUCUCUAUGAGCGGUGACUACGUGGCCUACCGCAUGCCUCUUAAAUCUCUGUGUCACAGAGGACAGACCCUACCCGCCAUUCCAGUGCCCAUCAAACCCAACCCGACCACGGUAGGUCUCUCGGCGGGGCUGACGCGACACACAUCCGCCUUCCUUUCAAACUCUCCCCAAUCUCUGAGCCCCACCUCCCCGCAGACAGACACCAGCCAAAGCAGCCCCCCUACUCCCAGGGAGACUCACACCACCCCGACACUGCAGUCCGUGGCAGUGCACUAACAUUAAGAACUCUACAGAACUCUUUAUAAACUAGACCAGCAGGCUCUAACCAAAUCCAACGUUUAUUUUGACUUUUGCCGCUGACAUCUUGGGCUGAGAAUAACUACAGUUAAUUAAGGCAAUAGACUUCCGUGCUGCAGUGUAUUUUGAUGUCGGUGUUUUGCUUUGAAUGCUAAUUGUCUUCUAACAUGGUACCAGCAGAGAGAUAGUGAAAUAUUGCCGUUCAACUUAAAAGGUAUUCGUUGUGUCAGUUUUAUCAGUGUGUUUUGUAAAUUAGUGAGGCAAUGCAAACAGCGGCUUGUCAGGCGCAUGAAAUAUAUUUACUUUGAUUUAUUUCUGCUAUCUAUGUAAAAAUAACUAAGUGAAUUGUGAUGUUUUUUUCAAUCUUAAAAAAUAGUAAGGGGAACUAUAGGGUCUUUACUAAAUGCAAAAUAAAUAUGUGAAUAAAUGUGAAUAAUUGCAAAUAAG